AUGUCCACUUUGAACAACAGCAGUGACUUCAGUCACCCGACCUUCAAGUUGAUGGGAUUCACUGGGAUGGAGGUGUAUCAUCUCUGGAUCUCCAUCCCAUUCUUCUCUAUCUAUCUCAUUGCACUGUUGGGUAACAGCACCAUCCUCUUUGUCAUCAAGACCAACCCAAGCCUUCAUGAACCCAUGUAUAUUUUCCUUGCCAUGUUGGCCAUCACAGACUUGGUCUUGUCUGUCUCCACAUUGCCAACGGUGCUGGGCCUCUUCUGGUUCAACAUGAGAGAAAUUGGCUUUAACGCCUGUGCCACACAGCUCUUAUUUAUCCACACCUUCUCCUUCAUGGAGUCCUCAGUGCUGUUGGCCAUGGCCUUUGAGCGCUAUGUGGGUAUCUGCAACCCAUUGAGAUACAACAGCAUCUUGACAAAUUCAGUGUUGGCCAAGAUUGGCCUGGCCGUUGCUGCAAGGAGUACAGGCAUUGUGUUUCCAACACCGUGGCUACUCAGGAGGUACACAUACUCCAGAAGCAACCUGCUUUCCCACUCUUUCUGCCUACAUCAAGAUGUACUGAAGCUUUCCUGCUCUGACUCCAGAGUAAGCAGCACCUAUGGCUUGUGUGUUGUCCUUUGCACAGUGGUUAUUGACUCUCUGCUCAUUCUCUUGUCAUACGUGAAGACCAUUAAGACCAUCACAGUCAUUGCCUCUAGGGAAGAGCAACUCAAGGCUUUCCACACUUGCAUGUCCCACAUCUGUGUUGUCUUGAUCUUCUUUAUUCCUGUGAUUGGGGUGUCAAUGAUACACCGAUUUGGUAGGCACAUUUCUCCCAUUGCACACAUUCUCAUGGCUGAUGUCUACCUCCUCAUACCACCUGUCCUUAAUCCCAUUGUGUACAGUGUGAAAACUCAACCAAUCCGGAAGGGCAUCCUGGGGCAUUCAGAAACCACUUGGCCACACAUGGAGGCCGUGCAGAAUGUUGCUGGGCUCCCAGCGAUUUGUGUCAGGCGUCACAGACAAUUAACCUGGCCAUUUGGCAGUCCCCAGGGGCAGCUGCAGCUGAUGCAAGCUCUUCCCAGGACAGCCUCACAGGGGCAUAUAAAAGCUCUUGUGCUUCGGUAG